AGGACCUAUAUCUGAUUUGUGUGAUUAUUUCCAGAUUUGUCACUGUUAUUAACGUUAGAAUGAGGUUGUUUAUUGUUCUGCUUAUAGUACUGUUACUGAUAAACGCAGUGGUUGCGUCACGUAAGAAUAAGAAGAAAGAUAAGGCCAAAGCUCCAAAACAAGGAGGAAAGCGGCGCGACAAAUGUGUGUUGCAUGUAGGGCCUCCACCUCCAGGGUCUUUAUCAGAGACUCACGUGUCUUGUAGAACUUCGACAUUCUUCGGGUUUAUGAAGGAGCUUCGUUACGAGACUUCUCUUGGUGGGAGAGGGUUAAAUCUAAUAACUGAAGACGUUUCCAAAGUCUGUGUUUGGUGCGAAAAGAAAGACAAGAAAAAAAAGAAGAAAAAGUGCAAGAGCGGCAAACGGAAGUGCUUCUAAAGGAGAAGUCUUUUUGGGAAAUUUCCGAGUCAAAGCUGAACUUCAUUUAAGAGAGAGUUAAUAAAUAACUAAUUUUGUUAGCUGGAAUAUGAUAUAUUAUCGUAGCGAAAUAUUUAAAAUGCUACUUCCUUAUACUUAUGUUUUUCAUUUGAUGAUGAAAUAAGAAUUUUAGUUUAAAUUAUGUUCAACAAAAAUAUUUCAUAACA